AUGUCCUCCACAAAAGAUGAUCCCGUCCUCGCUUCAAUCGCGAACACGAAGGUCGAAUACCGCCGUCUGGGGAAUAGCGGCCUGCGUGUUUCUGUGCCCAUAUUCGGUGCCAUGGGAUUGGGAAGCAGUGAAUGGAUGGACUGGGUCCUAGACGAAGACGAAGCCCUCCCCCUCCUCAAAGCGGCCUUCGAUCGAGGCAUCAACACCUGGGACACAGCGUGCAACUACUCCAACGGCCUCUCGGAGACACUCAUCGGCAAAGCCAUCAAGAAGUACUCGCUACCGCGAGAUAAACUCGUCCUCAUGACGAAAUGCUACGGGUUCGUUGGCGAAGAGCCGGGGCAUUGGACGGUUGGACGGGAUAGGAUCUUGCCGCAGAGUAAGGAGUAUGUCAAUCGAGGCGGGUCGAGCAGGAAGAGUAUUCUCGCGAGUGUGGAGGGGAGUUUGAGGAGGCUUGGGGUGGAGUUUAUCGAUGUGUUGCAGAUGCAUCGGUUUGAUGUGAAUACGCCUGUGGAGGAGACGAUGAGGGCGCUGGAUGAUCUGGUGAGGAGUGGGAAGGUGAGGUAUAUUGGGGCGAGUUCGAUGUGGACGUAUCAAUUUGCGCAGAUGCAGUUCGCGGCGGAGAGGAAUGGCUGGACAAAGUUUGUGUCGAUGCAGAAUCAUUAUUCGUUGCUGUAUCGUGAGGAAGAAAGGGAGAUGAAUAAGUUUUGUAGGGAGACUGGUGUUGGGUUGGUUCCUUGGUCGCCGCUUGCUCGUGGCCAUUUGGCUCGGCCACUCGCCACGCAAUCAAUCCGAAAGAAUGGAGAAAAGGGCGAGCUCCCUGAAGGCGACCAGGAGAUCGUCAGACGGGUCCAGGAGCUGGCUGAGAAGAAGGGGUGGACGAUGAGCCAGGUGGCACUUGCGUGGAUGAAUAAACGAGUGAGUAGUCCGAUCGUUGGGUUCAGCAAGACUGAGAGAAUGGAUGAGGCGGUUGACGGUAGAGGUUUCGUCUUGACGGAAGAGGAGGAGAAGUAUCUUGAAGAGCCGUACGUGGUCAGACAAAUCCAAGGCCACGUCUGA